AUGGAGCUGGCCAAUGGGAGCGCAGUUCAAGAAUUCAUUUUGCUGGGGUUUGGAGUCGGACAACAAGAACGGUUCCUGCUCCUCAUUUUCUUUACCAUUCUCUACAUGCUCACAUUGGCCGAGAACUGCAUCAUCAUUGCAUUGGUGGUACUAGACACCCACUUGGCCCGGCUUCCCAUGUACAUCCUGCUGAGCAACUUCUCCUGGCUGGAGAUCUGUUACGUGAGCACCACGGUGCCCCGGAUGCUGUUUGACCUGGCUUCCGCUCAAGGGAUCAUCUCAUUCAGGGACUGCUUCCUUCAAUUCUACCUCUUAUUCUCUUUUGGCACCACUGAAGGCUGCUUCCUCUCAGCCAUGGCCUUGGAUCGGUACUUGGCCAUCUGCCACCCACUACGCUACUCACAAACCAUGUCUGUAAAUUUUUGCUAUGUUCUGGUGGCUGCUUGUUGGGUCCUUGGUUUCAUGGCCUUUGUUGUCCCAGUGGUCAUGAUGUCCAAGCUGUCCUUCUGUGGCUCCAAUACCAUUGAUCAUUUUCUGUGUGAUACUGGGCCUAUUCUGUCCCUGGCCUGUCCGCCAUUGGGCAUUGCUCCCCGUUUCUUUCAGUUUUCAGUGAAUAUUUUCCUUUUAGGCAAUAUUUUCUUUGUUAUGCUAUCUUAUAGUGUUGUAAUUCUUACCCUGAUGAAACCCUCUUUCAAAGGCAGUCGAAGAAAAGCUUUUUCUACCAUUUCUUUCCAUCUAGUAGUGGUAACUCUUUUCUAUGGCUCUGUUGCAGCAAUGUAUGUAAUUCCAGAUGGAGAAAAUCAAUCAGAAGUCGCAAAGGCCGUAACACUCUUCUACACUUCCAUUACACCCUUUUUGAACCCCAUGAUUUAUUGCCUGAGGAAUGAUCAGGUAAAGGAGGCACUAGGCAGGUUGCAAAGAAGAAAAGAUUUCUACGAGAAGCCCCUCUACCUCUUGCAGUUCUGGGAGCUGGUGUUGGACGAGGCGGCGCCGGGAAGACUGCGGGGGCUGGAUGCCUUAAUUGGAGCGGAGUUCUUUGCACAGGGCCAGGCGAGUGGUGCUAUUGAGACCAUCGAUAACAGCUCUUCUGAACUCCAGCUCAUCGAAGUCGGGGACAUCGCUGGCGUCCAAAUCUACUUCGUCUGCUAG